CUCCUCCCUUUUUUCUUUCCCUUUCUCUUGUCCCUUCUUCCUUAGCCUCUACCCUCUCAGGUCCUAUCCUACCACUUCCAAGAGUCAGAGGCCCUUUUCCGGAAGUCGUUCUCUAGUCACUACGGGCUAUGGGGGAGAUGUAACAACUUUGUAACCGCUGCAGGAUCAAUCUGAAGUGAUACCUUUCCGCGGGCUUUACUGUGGCUUAGACGUCUGGUCUUCUCAUCCAUGCUUGCAGUAGGUUUCCAUUGCUGACCUUGCCAAUGAUCAAAUGAAACGUGAAAUAGGCUAUUCCGAAGCCUCGAGGCCCAGAUGGGUCGGUGUGCAAGCCAAGGGCAGAUCUGGGUCUCUGAGAACCAAAGCACACUGGCCUAGUUGGUUACUGCGGGACCUUCUGUCUAGAAGCAAUGCCUACUACAGCUGGAAUCCUGCCAGCAGGGCUUGGGCCCGCGCGGCCGCUUUAAGAGAGGGGCGGGGCCCUGCACAGGCGAGGCAGGGCCUGCCCACAAGGCUGCUUUUCCUUUUUGAUCCAUUCAAAAAUUACUCAUUGCAAAUUCCCGGACAGCUCGGGAAGGAGAAGCCGGGGGGCGGAGGACAGAGAAGGCUGCAGAGUCUCAGUGUUGAGACUCCACUGCACAGCGGGCUGAGAUCGGUCCCACAGAAGCUGCCGGCCCGCGCCGAGCUCCCGGGGCCUCUCCAGGAAGCGUCAGUCUCCGCCCGGGGAGCUGGGAGCACCGCCCCCGCCGUCUUCCCGGGACCCCCAGCUUCUGUGCGCGGGCGAUGGGCGGCCACUGAGCGGACACUAGGCUCCGCGACCCCAGCCCUUUCCAUGGCCGCGCGCGAGGAGCUGUACAGCAAAGUCACCCCGCGCAGGGACCGCCUGCAGCGCCCGGGCACCGUCAAGCAUGGGUCGGCGCUGGACGUGCUCCUGUCCAUGGGCUUCCCCCGCGCCCGAGCACAAAAAGCUCUGGCAUCCACGGGAGGAAGAAGCGUUCAAGCAGCAUGUGACUGGCUGUUCUCCCAUGUUGGUGACCCCUUCCUGGAUGACCCCCUGCCGCGAGAGUACGUCCUCUACCUCCGCCCAACUGGCCCAUUAGCCCAGAAGCUUUCUGACUUCUGGCAGCAGUCCAAGCAGAUCUGUGGGAAGAACAAGGCCCACAACAUCUUCCCCCACAUCACUCUCUGCCAGUUCUUCAUGUGCGAGGACAGCAAGGUGGAUGCUCUGGGGGAAGCCCUGCAGACUACUGUCAGCCGUUGGAAGUGUAAGUUCUCUGCCCCGCUGCCUCUGGAGCUCUAUACCUCCUCCAACUUCAUCGGGCUCUUCGUCAAGGAAGACAGCGCUGAGGUCCUCAAGAAGUUCGCUGCUGACUUUGCUGCAGAGGCCGCGUCCAAAACAGAAGUGCACGUGGAGCCUCAUAAGAAACAGCUGCAUGUGACCCUGGCAUACCACUUCCAAGCCAGCCACCUGCCCACUCUGGAGAAACUCGCCCAGAACAUCGAUGUCAAGCUUGGGUGUGACUGGGUGGCCACCAUAUUCUCUCGGGAUAUCCGGUUUGCUAACCACGAGACGUUACAGGUGAUCUACCCCUAUUCCCCUCAGAACGAUGAUGAGCUGGAGUUGGUCCCUGGGGACUUCAUCUUCAUGUCUCCCAUGGAACAGACCAGCACCAGCGAGGGCUGGAUUUACGGCACCUCGCUGACCACCGGCUGCUCGGGGCUGCUUCCAGAGAAUUAUAUCACCAAGGCGGAUGAGUGUAGCACCUGGAUCUUCCAUGGUUCAUACUCCAUCUUAAAUACCGUGUCACCCAGCUCCCUCACAUUUGGUGAUGGGGUAUUGGAGAGGCGACAGUAUGAGGACCAAGGACUCGGGGAGACGACGCCUCUCACUAUCAUCUGCCAGCCCAUGCAGCCCCUGAGAGUCAACAGCCAGCCUGGGCCCCAGAAGCGAUGUCUCUUCGUGUGUCGGCAUGGGGAGAGGAUGGAUGUUGUGUUCGGGAAGUACUGGCUAUCCCAGUGCUUUGAUGCCAAAGGCCGCUACAUACGCACCAACCUGAACAUGCCUCAUAGCUUACCUCAGCGGAGUGGUGGUUUCCGAGACUACGAGAAAGACGCGCCAAUCACUGUGUUUGGGUGUAUGCAAGCAAGGCUAGUGGGUGAAGCCUUGUUAGAAAGUAACACCGUUAUUGAUCACGUUUAUUGCUCUCCAUCCCUACGCUGCGUUCAGACUGCACAUAAUAUAUUGAAAGGUUUACAACAAGACAAUCACUUAAAGAUUCGGGUCGAGCCCGGCUUAUUUGAAUGGACAAAGUGGGUUGCUGGGAACACAUUACCGGCGUGGAUACCUCCAUCGGAGUUAGCUGCGGCCAACCUCAGUGUUGAUACAACCUACAGACCUCACAUCCCAGUCAGCAAAUUAGUGAUUUCCGAAUCCUAUGACACCUACAUCAGCAGAAGUUUCCAAGUGACGAAGGAGAUAAUAAGCGAAUGUAAAAGCAAAGGAAAUAACAUUCUGAUUGUGGCCCAUGCAUCUUCCCUCGAAGCCUGUACCUGCCAACUCCAAGGCCUGUCCCCACAGAACUCCAAGGACUUCGUCCAAAUGGUCCGGAAGAUCCCAUACCUAGGCUUUUGUUCCUGUGAAGAAUUGGGAGAAACUGGAAUAUGGCAGCUGACAGACCCGCCCAUUCUUCCCCUUACCCAUGGACCCACUGGGGGCUUCAACUGGAGAGAGACCUUGCUGCAGGAAUAAGCUGCCUGUGCAACGGGAAGAACCGGCCUGUUGCAGAUGAGUCGUCAGGAUGUCCAGGAGCAGAGGGAAAGCCCAUACUGCAUUUGAUGUGGACAGCUCAGAAUCAUUUCGCCUAUUUCUUUUCGUGCUUAGGGGGUCUUACAGUGAGACUGUGUGUGUCAGUGAGAGAAAGGUAUGAUUCAGGAGGAGAACAAAAUCCAUCUUCUCUGGACUUGCCUAGCUAGCAUGGCUUUGAAGAAUUGUCUUCCUAAACCGGGCACCUGCUGCAGCAGAGACUACCACCCUUCUUCAGGCUGUGCAUGGCUAAAGAGCUUCACUCUUCUCCCAGAGGGCUGCCCCUACCCUCAAGAGACGUGCAAGAGGAAGAAGGACUGUGUCUCGAAUCCAACCGGGGAUGGCAUUGUCUUUUGUAUUCCAUUUGCAAGUUAGGCAAAGCCAUGUUGCGGAGUGCUUUGGUGGCUACUAGAAACCGUAAGACUAGUCCUAGGGUCGUAUAGCAGCUCCCACCCCCAGCAGGCUCCAUUCGCUAAUGUGCAAGGCACGUGCUUAAAGACUCCACCAUUCAGCCUGGUCCUUCAUGCUUCUAUCUGUGAAAUGGGGAGAGAAGCACAUUUGCUCUCCAAAGCACUUUGAGAUACUCAGGGGGACAUAAAGAAAAUGUGUGAUGUAUUGAAUGAGGUACGGUGACUUGCAGAAUAUUAAUCAAGUUGAAACUACCCCUGUGGUGACCCCAUGAACUGUGAAAGCUCUAAGCCAGUCUGAAUCAAGAUCUGUCUUCCCACCAGGCUCUGGACUGUGUCAAGCAGUUAAGGAGAUCGACAUCUGGACAGAUGUUUGUCUGAUUCAUUAUUUGGAUCAGCAAGAAACUCCUGUACGAUAUGGAUAUUUGUAGAAGGUUUGCCGAUGGUCAAGUUGUACACAUACAGUCUGUGUCAACUGUGGCAGAAUAUCCAUAGGCGAAACCAGUUCUAGGUUAUUUAAGGAAGCCAGGGGACUGACUUGAAUGAUGACAGUCACAACUGCACUGUUCCUUUUGCUGUCCUCUUUAUUUGCUUCUCUGUGACAAUUUAAAACAGACGGGAGGAAGGGCUGCUUGAAGGGAGUGGAGAGUCGCAGCCUGCCUGUGACUCUCAUCACGCCUACUUCAUGUAUUUAGAGAGAGAGUGUGUGUAUUUAAAAGAAGAAUAAAUGACAAUCAAGCCUAAACAUCACUU